AUGAUCUCCCCGCGAAAUCGAGGCGGGGAGGUGGCCCGAUUCUACACGGUCACCGAGCCCAAGCGCCACCCGCGGGGAUACACGGUCUAUAAGGUCACCGCGAGGAUUGUUUCAAGAAAAAAUCCAGAAGAUGUCCAAGAGAUAGUCGUUUGGAAGAGAUACAGUGACUUUAAGAAAUUGCACAAAGAACUCUGGCAGAUUCAUAAGCACUUAUUCAGGCAUACAGAAUUGUUUCCUCCUUUUGCUAAAGCAAUAGUAUUUGGGCGAUUUGAAGAAGGUGUGAUUGAAGAGAGAAGACAGUGUGCAGAAGAUUUGCUUCAGUUUUCUGCCAACAUCCCCAUGCUCUACAAUAGCAAGCAGCUUGAAGAUUUCUUUAAGGAUGGAGAGGUGCAUGAUGGAUCUGAAUUGAUUGGUCCUGCAGAACCUCUGGUAGACUCUCUGACAGACAGCUUAUCUACCUGCAGUUCUGAAGCUCGGAGAGAUGUCCUUGAUGAAGUGACACUUAGCCAGUUAGAAUAUGGAGGUUUAUCCAGUGACAGUGACUUGAUUUCCUUGACCAUUGAUGCAGAUUUUCUUGUUGAGUUAGAUGAUGGAAUGGCAUCUAACCAGGAUUCCCCCAGCACAUCACUUGGUCUCAGCUUUGCUGCUGAACCUCCAGGAUUGGCAUCUGCCACUUUAGAUCAUGAAUGGAGCAAAUCUGAAAGUGAGAGGGAGAGCCGGGGUUUAUUCACUGGGAGCUUGAAGGCCAAGCUUGGCAGAAGAGAUUACUUGGACAAAGCUGGAGAACUGAUAAAGCUGGCCUUGAAGAAGGAGGAAGAGGAAGAUUAUGAAGCUGCGUUUGGCUUUUAUAGAAAAGGAGUUGAUCUGCUUUUAGAAGGAGUUCAAGGAGAAUCAAGUCCAACUCGUCGUGAAGCCGUGAAGAGGAAGACUUCAGAAUAUCUGAUGAGAGCAGAAAAAAUUUCCAGCCUUUACUGUAGACCCUCAUCAGAAGAUGGCUCAAUAUUUGGUCCUCCAGGAUCACUAAGUUCAAGGCCCUCUUGGAACCUAAGGAGCCCUGCCGAGGAACUGAAGGCCUUUCGAGUCCUUGGGGUGAUUGACAAGGUUUUGCUUGUAAUGGAUACUAGGACGCAACAGACAUAUAUAUUGAAGGGUCUAAGAAAAAGUAGCGAGUGCAGCAGGAAGAGAAAGACCAUCAUCCCCCGCAGUGUACCCAACAUGGUGGCUCUGCACAAGUACAUCAUCUCAGAGGAAUCGGUCUUCCUUGUGCUGCAUCACGCAGAAGGAGGCAAACUUUGGUCUUACAUUAGUAAAUUCUUGAACAGGAGUCCUGAAGAAAGCUUUGAAGCCCCUAAAUCCAGAAAAUCUAGCUGUACCAAAAUACAUUUGCAUCAGGCAAGUCCUAGUCCUCAGGACAUCAGCAGUAGCCUUGGCUCCAGAAGAAGUAAUGGGGACAAUGUGUUAAAGGUUUUACCACUGCAGACCAGUCUUACUCCAAGUUCUCAAGACGGUAGUAGUAACCAAGAAGAAGAGCAGGAAAGUUCUCCUAAGUGGAUUGAUUCCGGGUCUAGUUCAGAAGAGGAAUGUACCACAAGUUAUCUAACAUUAUGCAACGAAUAUAGUCAAGAAAAAAUUGACCCUGGUUCAUUAGAUGAGGAAUCUCUCCUGAAACCAGAUGAUAAUGUUCUCAUUACCAAAGAGCAAAGAGGCCUCCAAGCUGAAGGUGAAGUUGCUACAGGGAACCUGGAAUCUGCAUUCACAUGUCAGGAAAUAAAAGAGUUUGCUGAUGAUGUGGAUUCAGAAACUGCCAAUCCUACUAUGAUAUCAGAAUCAUUAAACAAAUCCAAGAACAGCCCCAUGGAACUUUUCAGAAUUGAUAGCAAAGAUAGCACCAGUGAACUUCUGGGUCUUGAUUUUGGAGAUAAACUUCAUAACUUAAAAUCAGAAUCUUUCAAGCCAUUUUUUCCUACCUUAAAUCAGGACGAGAGCCUUGAAGUCAUUGAAAACAAAUUAGGCUUUGCAUCUCAUGAUACUAUCAGCAGGGGUUCUAAUGACUCUGUGCCUGUGAUAUCAUUUAAGGACAUAGCCUUUGAUGAGGUUGGUAGUAUCGAUGAAGGAAGACCUGACCUUUUGGUCAACCUGCCAGGCAUUAUAGAGCAAAUGAAAGAAGCUCCAGUGGACAGACCAACAAAACUGGUGGAACAGAAUGGAGACAUUUUGGAAAGCAAACUUUUGGAAGCCCCCGAUGUCUUGCAAUUGAAUAACAGUGCAGAACAAAGCAGAGUGCUUGAGCAAAAGAUAGAGCAUCUGAAGGAAGAAAAAUCACAAGGACUAUGUAAAGACAAUCAGGAAACAGCUAGGACAUUCCCUACAACUGCUAGUGACUCAGUUGGUUUUGUGGAUAGGGUGGCCUUUCAAGAACUCGGAGAAGCAACAUCGUCAUCAUUAGAUAUCUUCAGCAUAAAGGACAAUGCCAUGGUUGCCAGUGCACAAGUGGUUGUCAUGGAAGACAGCUUAGACGUGGACAGUGAAGCUGUGUUGCUGUUUUCUGAUCACCCUGAAGAAAACUGUAAAGAGGGAACAGCCCCCUCUUUGUCACGCAAAGCAGAAAGCGAAAAGUUGGAUGUGAGGAGCAGAGGAGAGAAUGAAAUACAUUAUUUAUUCCAGGACUUGGAUGAGAGAUUAGCACUAACCUCCAGAUUUUACCUCCCUGAAGGCUGUGUUCAAAGAUGGGCAGCUGAAAUGGUGGUAGCCCUUGAUUCUUUGCAUCGAGAAGGAAUUGUGUGCCGUGAUUUGAACCCAAACAACAUCUUAUUGAAUGAUCGAGGACACAUUCAGCUAACGUAUUUUAGCAGGUGGAGUGAGGUUGAAGAUUCCUGUGACAACGAUGCCAUAGAGAGAAUGUACUGUGCCCCAGAAGUUGGUGUUGUUUUUGAAGAAACAGAGGCCUGCGAUUGGUGGAGUUUGGGUGCCCUUCUCUUUGAACUCCUUACUGGAACGACUCUCUUGGAGUGCCACCCAGCAGGAAUAAAUACUCAUACCUGUUUAAACUUGCCAGAUCACAUUUCAGAAGAAGCGAGAUCACUCCUUCAACAGCUUUUGCAAUUCAAUUCUGUGGAACGUCUUGGCGCUGGAAUCGCUGGAGUUGAAGACAUCAAAGCACACCCUUUUUUUGCCACCAUUGAUUGGACAGAAUUAGCUAAGUGAAAAACUGUACAGGUUGUCUAUGCUUGGGCUGCAGAUUUCCAACAGACAAUACUCUUGGCUUGCUGCCAUUAUGAAGAUUUUAGAUGUUUCCAGACCAGGAUGAAUAAAUUGGUAAUUGGAAUCCAAACACCAUCUGAAGGGCUUAAGCUUGAGUGGACAAAAGAAAGGUGUGGUUCACACUGCUAGGAACUGACUUCAGUUCUUCUUUUGUGUUGGAAUCAUGUGCAGCGCUAAUUGCAGGGCAUUACAAGGGGUUGCAUGUCAUGUAUUUCCUUACCCCCAUUUUAAAUCAUGGGAAUCUGGAUGGAAAAGAUUUGACACCAUUUUUGGCAGUAGCCCUGUGACUGAAGUCACAUCCAGCUCUGGUGUUGGUGGGGAAUAAUGCAAAUGAGAAUGGACUCCUUGUAUUUUGCUUAAUUUUAAAUGAUGAUGAAUUGUGGAAUUUCUGUUGUACAUUCCAGUGUCUAUUGUCUAUGCCAUUUGAAUAGAGGUCCUUUUUUUUAUACUUCGGUAGCCUUGGCACAGUUGAAUUUAAGUACACUGGAGAACAGGGAGAAAAAUAACUUAUCAAUAACAUAUGCUAAAUAAAAUACUGUGGUGCUUCUGCAAAACUUGACAUUUAAUAUGU